AUGGAACUUCCUUCUACAAGUAAGGAUGACUUCAUUUACUGGAAGUUCCACCCAUCAGAAAGAUACACGGUAAAGACAAGAUACUCUUACCUCAUGAAAGAAGAGAAAUCAGCCCAAGAUGUGAUCCCUAGUGAAAAGGAUCAGGAGUUUGUAAAGCUAAUUUGGAGAAUGAAUAUCCAACCAAAAUGGAAGAUUUUCCUGUGGAAGCUUUAUCAUGAUGGAAUUGCAGUAAAGGAGAAUUUAGCCAGAAGGGGUAUCCAAAUUGAUAAUAUCUGUGGGUACUGCGGGGUGGCUCCUAAAGAUAGCCAACACUUGUUCAGAUUCUGUAUUCUAGCAAAAAAGACAUGGGGAAAGAGCCCCCUUGCUAUUUGCUCUGAUUCUGCUGGGUUCAAUUUGUUGAGGAAUUGGAUCCAAUCAUUUAUCCUGUUGUUCAAUAGUGAGGAUGGUAAGCACAGUAACCGUAUUGUUCUGUUUAUUGCAACACUAUGGGGUCUAUGGAGAACGAGGAACGAGAGAAGCUUCAAUGGUACGACUGGAGGAGCAAGAAAAGAAAGGGAUGACCCUGCUCUACCACCUGGCUUUAUUUAUGUUCAGUUGGGACAAGAAAAAGAGGGGUUUGAAAACUUCUUGGUGGAAGUGGAUGGCUCUUGGGAUAAAAAGACAAAGAGGGCAGGGAUCGGAUGGUCAGUCGUGGGAAAUGGAGAGGAAAUGAACUCAAAUGAUGGAGGAAGGCAUGGGGCCGCAAACUCAGUACUACAAUGUGAAGCUUGGGCAUGCUUGGAAGCCAUGAAAUGA